GGACAGAGGUCAGCGUCUGUCCAUCAUCAUAUGAGGGGACUGUGGUGAAAGCUGUGGUUCAGCUGGAGGAGACACUCAGUAAAGAGAUGAAGAAUCUGGUUGAAGCCGAGCUGAAGAGGGUCCAGCAGUAUGCAGUGGAUGUGACUCUUGAUCCUGAUACAGCACAUCCUAAACUCAUCCUGUCUGAUGAUGGGAAACAAGUGACUCAUGGUGAAGUGAGGAAGAAUCUCCCAGACAACCCAGAGAGAUUUUCUUGUUAUUGUAAUGUUUUAGGAAAACAGAGUUUCUCUUCAGGCAGAUUUUACUUUGAGGUUCAAGUUAAAGGAAAGACUAUAUGGGAUUUAGGAGUGGUCAGAGAGUCGAGCAACAGAAAGGGAAAAAUCACACUGAGUCCUUGGAAUGGUUACUGGACGAUAUGGUUGAGAAAUGGAAAUGAGUACAAAGCUAAUGAUGUCCUUCCAGUCCGUCUCUCUCUGAAGUCGCCUCCUCAGAAGGUGGGGGUGUUUGUGGAUUAUGACGAGGGUCUGGUCUCCUUUUAUGACGUAGAUGCUGCAGCUCUUAUCUACUCCUUUCCUGGCUGCUCCUUCACUGAGAAGCUCUUCCCAUUCUUCAGUCCCUGUAAUAAUGCUGGUGGUAAAAACUCUGCCCCUCUGAUCAUCUCUCCUGUCAGAGUAAACUAAUCACUGAUCUCAUUUCAGGUAUUGAUUCAUUUUCAAUCAAGGGAACAAAUGUACAUAUUCAUAUAUUUUACAUCUUAUUUUCUACAGAAUCUGUUUCCUGUGGUUUAAAUAGAUAUCGUCUACAUAACGUGUGUCAUGAUGCAUCAAAUUAAUGUGUUGAUUAUGUCAUCAGAUACACAUUUCUUAGUAUUUGAUGUGCAGCCACAAAAAACAUAUUGCUGAAUAUUUCAUUGUGUCAUGAGGCUUCAUUUAAGAGCGAGGCCUAUUCCAUCCCAUAAUGUCUCCAGAACACAGUGUGUGUCCUUGUUAUACCGCGUAUAAAAAGUUAAUGGAU